UUUUUUGUGUGUCUCCCCGCCUCCCCGCUGCAGAGUGGGGGAGUGCGUUUACCGUCGCGCCCAAGGGGAGAAGCCAAGAAGUAUCCUCCAAUCAGCCGUCAGUGGUUCCUCUCAUCUUGUGAGGGUGCUGAUGGUGAUUUAUCACUGACCUGAGACAGGCGGUGCACUCUGCUCAGCACUGCAGCCACCUGGAAUACUCGCCAGGCUUUUUAUACCUUUUCUCGAGCACAAAUACCCUCCUGUGGAUAUUUCAAACUGAAUGACCAGAGGACAAAAGGAGGAUUAAAAUGGACUUACUCACUGCUGAAUUCUCUUUUCCCCCUAAAGAUGGACUAACUUUUACACGUGAAUUUGUGCCAUAGGAGAACAUCCUUUUGUAUGCUGUGCUUUAAUAGAAGAAAGUGUUUUUUUUAAGGAAGUAUUUGUAAUUUCACACCUUGUAUAUUAUUCUGGAAGCAUGUCCUAUCCUAUAGGUGCUAGAGUAGACAGAGGUACAGGAGAUGAACAGGAGACGGAGAUGGAGAGAGGGGAUGAAAGUUGCCCGCCUGCUGAGAGUGUCUGACACCUCUUUGUGGCUCGAUUAGCGGCUGCUUGGACUAUCAGGUUAUCUCUAACUCAGCUACCAUGCUUCUCAUUGAGGUGGCAUGAGUCGGGAUGUGUGUUUGUGCCUGGUUGAAGGUUAGAAGCCAGUUAGAGUUCGGGAUUACGCCGCCUCUGGAAAGGAUACAGGUGUAGUCGAGCCUUGAAUGAGGAUUAGCGUCUUUAACACCUUGUCGCUGGCACCGCACGGGGCCACGGAGCGUUCAGACAAGACUGUCAAGCUGCGGCCGUGCUGCCGGUUGCCCGCUGCAGGAUUAAAGAUAAAGGCUUUUUCAUCCAGCAUGAUGAGACUCAGAGGUCAAGGACAGAGACCAGGAGAUGGUAGAAAGUUAUACUGAGAUUCUGUUUCCAGUCUAAUUCAGGUUAUCUUGGAGGAAAGCAGUCAUAGAGCCAAUGGGAGUUGAAUACCAGUGGAAAGGUUGUGUUUAUAACAUCAGGAGGAAAACUAAAACAUUAAGAGAAUGUGUGGAGCCUCAUUGAAUCAAAAUCAAAUUAGUGGUUAUUUAAAAAGCAAACAUUCAUGGUUCUUGUGAUUAACAGUCUUGAUUUCUCCAAUAACCCGGCGAGCACCAAAUCCAAUUGAUCCAUUGAUAUUGAUUCCUGUAUCUAGUCAGGACAGAGUCGUGUCUGAUCUCUGGUUAGGAGGUCAGUAAUUUAAUUAUAAUCCAUCAUUCGCUCUCACCCUGGAGUCGUCAGCCACAGUGCUGAGUGGGCGCUUGCUCAGAGAAUCAAUGGUCUAAUACUUGUCAUUAUUUCAAACCACAGAUCAGAUAAGUACAAACCACUCCUGCUUGGAGCGCGUUCUGUUUACACGUCUCUCAUUGUUCAGAGAGGCUGUUUGAAAAAUUGACUUCUCCUCCACUUAUGGCAGCUCCGCUGACGGCUACAGGAAAUUUGGCAGGUUGUGUUUGUAGUGACGCUUGUUGUUGAAAGAGACAUGUGUUGCAGCCUGUUUGUGAUGCAUGUGCAGGUGUGCACGUAGUUUGGAAUUGCAUCCCUGGCACACGGCUUAUCUUAGCGGCACAGCUAGGGCUUAAAGAUCCUGCUAACCCUAAACCCUAUGUCCCACCUCUCCACGUGGAGAGUCGUAUUAGGAAAUACUUUUUUAACAAUGCAUUGAUACGGAGGGAGGAGGGUCCUAACAGGAGGAGAGGUUAUCAGAGCACACACACACACAAACACACACACACACACACACACACACACAAACACACACACACACCACAAAUCCUUCAGCAAUCCUGGACAGCAGAGUGUAGUAGGUGGGAAGCUCUGCGUGGGAGUGAGGAAAGCAGGAGUGAAAACAGGACUGAGGCAAGUUCUUUGAUCGCUGCAUUGUUUUGCAGAGAACUUGUUCAAAGAGCAUUGCUGAACGUGAGCUGUUUGCAGGUUUAGUGCUGUGAGUGAGAAAAAGACAAAGCAACAUGAAGGAGUUCAGCUAGAGUUCUGCUGGGAGAACCUGCUCUAUCCUGCAGUUUUCAACGUUAAAGAGCAAAACCAGGUCGGGUAGCCCAGGGUUAAUGUCUCACCACUUUUGACAAGUCACCAGACUGUGCAUUCAUUUCUCUAGCUCCAGUUCACAGAUCAUCUUUUUAUGAAACGGUUCAAAGAUAAGACUGAAGUGAAGCUGGAUGAUCUACAAAAAGCACAAGAACUUAAAAGUUUUUUCCCCCACAAUGGAGAGAGAAACAAAUGGACUCGCAGCUCCACAAGUAUCUCCACCUCUGAAUCGACUCUGGAUUAUAACCCUUGAAUUGUGACCGAGAGAAGGAGGAAGAGUGACGCAGCCAAUUAAACUGUGAAUCCACCGCCGGCAGGGAUGAGCUGCGUGUUACUCUGAGGAGAAGAAGUGUAACACUCCACAACCCUUUGCGAAUGAGGGUGGGGCUCUCACUCUCCACUCCACAGACAAAGACCCCGGUAGAGAGAGUCCUGGUGUGAGAGCUGGUCAUCGGGAGCAGGUUGUGGACCGGCGCGGUCAAAAGUCACGAUGGGGUGCAACAUGUGUGUGGUUCAAAAGCCUGAGGAGCAGUACAGGGUCAUGUUCCAGAGGGGUCACAACACGCUGUGCCCGCUCGACGCUGACGGUCGAUUAAAGGUGAAUGGGAAGGAGCUGUCCCGCCUCUCCGGGGACCCCACCCUGGACAUGCGGGACCCUGUGCUAUCCAACAUACUGAGGCGGGGGGCUCGCAGACGGGCCGGUCUGGCGGGAGCUCCUGGAGGGUUAGUGCCUCUGACCAUGGGCAUGGCCGACUGUGUGGACAGCUGCACCCAGACAGACAUCAGCUUCCAGCAUAUGUUGACCCUGGGAAAGAGCAGCCAGCAUCCCUGUGGCGCUCCGCCCCCGCCCGACCCUCCGCCAUCGCCGCCGCUACCGCCCCUACUGGAGCCAUAUCUACUCAAUGAACUCUUCAUCGAGCCUGUGUACUAUGACCCCACUGACUACUUCGAUAUCGCUCAGCACGAAGUGGACAGGCAGGACGAGCUGGAGUAUGAGGAGGUGGAGCUGUGUAAGUUUCGUCAGCAGGAUAAACUCGGGCUGACGGUGUGUUACAGGACCGAUGACGAGGAGGACCUGGGGAUAUACGUAGGAGAGGUGAACCCGAACAGUAUCGCUGCGAUGGACGGCCGCAUCCGCAAGGGAGACAGAAUACUACAGAUAAAUGGAGUGGACAUCCAGGACCGAGAGGAGGCCGUGGCUAUUCUCACCAGAGAGGACAGCACCAACGUCUCCCUGCUCCUCGCUCGACCCGAGAUAGAGAACGACAACCAGUUGGACCCAGAUGAGCUGGACCUGGAGCCCCUGGACAACGCUGUGCACCUGCCCAGCAGCCACAGAGUGAGGUCCGGCACCUGCGUCCUGGGUGCUGGAGCAGGCGGUGUUGCAGGUGGAGGUGUGCUAGGUGGUCACGGUCGCUCCCUAAGCCGGGAUUCACCCGAUUUGCUCCAGACGGUGCUGAGCAACAGCCAGGAGCUGGACAGCGGGGUGGGCCGUACAGACGAAAGCACACGCUAUGAGGAGUCGUCAGAACACGACCUCCUGGGAGACGACCACACCAGUGCCCCCAAUACAAACGCCACCAAUACGCCUGGCAGCAUGCGCAAGUUUUUGUCUGGUAGAGGGGAUACUUCGCCCUUGCUGCACUCCCAGGACCUCCAGUUCAGCACUGACUCCCUCUUAGGGCUGGACUGUGUGAACGGUGGAGGGCUGGAGCAGGUGGAGCGACAGGAAAGGACCUACGUGGCGGAUCCUGUGAGGAUGAUGAUGCCCGGGCUGACAGAGGAGGAGUGUGAGAGGUACAAGGAGCUGCUGGAAAUCAAGUUUUACUACGAGAAGAACAGCGAAGCUCUGCUGCUGCUGGGAGGCCAGGGGCCGGAACAAGACGGCGGGAGUGUCCCACUGGACGUGAAUAGGAAUGAGAGCCUGACGCAGCAUGAGAUGGCUCUUUUGGAAGAGGAAUUGCGCCACUUGGAGUUCAAGUGUCGUAACAUCCUGAGGGCGCAGAAGAUGCAGCAGCUGCGGGAGCGAUGUAUGAAGGCUUGGCCUCCAGAGGACAAGAACGGAGCGGGUGCUGGACGCUUGGACAUUAGUGGCGCUUUGGUCCAAGAGGAGUCCUGUCACCACGCUCUCUCAGAUAUCAACGAGCUUCCAGAGAGGGAGCGCUCCGAUAAGGACAGUACGAGUGCCUACAACACUGGAGGGGAAAGUUGCAGGAGCACCCCUCUGGUCAAUGAACAGUACCCAUCACCCUCCACACAGAGCCUGGAGGGGGGGGAGUCUCUUUGUUCAACUUCCACUAGGCAGAGAGAGAGGGGGACCAGGGACGGAGCACAAACAAACUUGAACCAACCCUACGCUCACACUCACAGAAGAGCAGCGGACACUAAGACAUCCAGCCCUGGAGCUAAAGUCAGGUCCCUGUCUCGAGAUGGAGGAACCAGGAGGGGCUCGGACGGAGGGAUGAGACGUAACCCCAAAGCCAACGGGACAGCAGAGAGGGCUGGUGGACGCAGUGCAGAGAACAGCCCCUACCUGUCCCGUCGACAAACUGAAACGAAGCCGCCUCAACGCUACCUGAGCUGCAUGCAGCUGAGGUCUCCCUCCACCUCUGAGCAGCUCUGUGGUCUCAGGGAGACUCUCAGAGAAGGAAGCUUGGAGAAUGGGGGUGACGACAGCCCCAUGAGCUUGGGUAGCACAUGUAAAGGUGUGGCCCAGGUCCCAGGUCCUGUCCCGUUACCCUUGUCCCCCUCUCUGAUGCCUGCCUCCCCUCGUAUGGAGUGGAAGGUGAAGAUCCGCAGCGACGGCUCUCGCUACGUGGCCAAACGGCCCGUGAGGGAUCGCCUCCUGAAGGCCCGCGCCAUGAAGAUCAGGGAGGAGCGCAGCGGCAUGACCACGGACGACGACGCCGUGAGCGAAAUGAAGAUGGGUCGCUACUGGAGCAAAGAAGAGCGCAAGCAGCAGCUGCAGAAGGCCCGCGAGCAGCGGCGGCGCAGAGAGUUUAUGAUGCAGAGCCGUCUGGACUGUCUGAGGGACCGCGAGAGGGAGCCGGGCAGCGGCGGCGGUCAGCAGGGGGCGACACACCAGCAGGAGGCCAACUCUAUCCUGGAGCUUUGCCACCGCAGGAGCAUGAAGAAGCGCAGUCGCAGAAUCCUGGACAACUGGAUCACGAUACAGGAGCUGCUGGCUCAUGGGAGCAGGUCUGAAGACGGGAAGAAAGUCUACAACCCGCUGUUAUCUGUCACCACAGUGUGAGACUCAACACGACAGAGACAGAGAGUCAGAGGGAAGAGAAAGUGCCAAAAGGUUUGGUCAGAGCCUAAAGGAUGAAUCUCUGUGGCACAAACAUCCGCCUGCAGGGAUGCAGCAUCCAUCUGAAACACAAGUCAUUGAACGUAGCAUCGGCCCAAAUCUGAAAUGUUCAAAUCAGAGAGAAGCACAUGACUGAGACAGUCAGUAUCACAUCUUCCUUAACAGACGACACACACGUUAACAAUAUCACAUUGAACUUUUCUGGUUGAACGGACCUGAACCAGUCAGCAAACGGCUUUCUACCCAUGUUUACCUGUCACAUGUGAAGAAUGUGAUUCUUUUUUUAUCUUCAUCUGAAUGUCACGGUCAAUGCACAGGAUCAAAUAAGAAGCGUGUGGACAGACUUAAGAGACGAGAGGUGGAGACAGAACAUGAGCAACAUAUUCAGAGGGAAUCCAGCCAGAGAGCUGCAGCAAGACAAAGACGCACAUCGUCAUUCAUGUUGUGUCUCGUUACAUAAAGAGGAGAUGCUCUGUGAGAUGGCACCACCUGCUGUUGGACCGUUACAGAAGUGGUGCAGAACUGAGAAUGUUUUUAUCUUUUCAGGCCUCUUAACACGUGUCUGAGUGACAGAUCAGAUGGAAUCAUGCAGCUGUGAAAACCACGAUGAGAAAAAGCCACUUCUGUGCCAGAUAACUGUAAAUUUAGUGUCCACACAGGACUUUUGAUGAAGCACAUUUUCAGAGCGACAUCGUGCCAGUUGAUGUAGUCGAGACAUUUUUCUUCAUUCCUGCCGUGUUUGUGUACAAAUGUUUUGGAAUCGGAGGCCGAGCGGAUUCCUUCCUUCAGGCAGAUUUCACAAAAUAGCACAAGUUUCCCAGUAUUACAUACAGACUGAAAUAAUGCAACUAAGAGAAUAAAGAUUGAAGCACAUAGUAACUGACAGGAUUUUUUUUUAAACUUGAAAAAGCACAGAAAACAUUUGUUAUUUAAAAAGGCAAAAUAUCAAAUCCUGUUUAUACAGUUGUCAGGUCAAAAUUCCCUGCUCACACCCAAUUGUGCCAUGUUUAAGAAAGUGAGAAAAUAAUCCUGGAUCUGCCCGUUUAUAAGGAUCCGCUCCAAAACGCUGAUGAAAACCUCCUUAGUGGAGGAAAUGACAAUUGUUACGUCUCAAUAUGUAUGUUCCUAAACAUUACCUGUCAUGUCUGGUGUGUUAUUUCCAAAUUUUGCCUUAUUGUCUCAAGCCACUGGAUAAUUAUCCAACAAGUUACCUGGACUAACAAUAAAAGCCAAUUAAAAGUAUGGGGCAACUGAUCCACGAGCAAAAGUUAGUUCUCAUUUUGCUUUCAUGCAUGUUUUGAUAUUGAGGCUGUCCCCCCCCCAUGUACUUAUACCUUUAACAUACUGUACUUGUGGAUGUCUUUCUAUGAUCUGCUCGUAGCGUAGAGAAGAAAAAAAAAACCAAUGGUAAACUUGUCUGUUGAAUAUUGUGGUGUUCAGUGUCUGCCAUUUUGCAGUGAAAGCUUUUCUAAAAUAAAUGCUGUGAUCAUGAAAA